AUGUUGUCUCGUGUCUCUUCACUCCAAAGAAUUGCUUCAAGCAAUGUCGGAUCAAUCAGAAACUAUUUGGGAUAUACUUCAGGUACUGAACGUAGAAAGGUUACAGUAAUUCCAGGAGAUGGUAUUGGUCCAGAGAUUACCUCGUCGGUUAUGGGAGUUUUCCAAGCCGCCAAGGUUCCAAUCGAUUGGGAGGUAUUCGACGUCAGUGGUGGACAACCAAUCUCACAAGAGUUGGUCGCCUCGAUCUCACGUAACAAGGUUGCCUUGAAGGGACCACUCUACACCGCUGUUCUAAGUGGAUCGCAAUCACGUAACAUGGAGUUGCGUAAGGCACUCGAUUUAUACGCACACGUCAUUCCAUGCAAGAAGAUUCCAGGUAUUACUGUUCGUCACUCUGACGUACCAGUCGACUUGGUCGUCAUUCGUGAGAACACACAAGGUGAAUACAGUGGACUCGAACAAACUUUGGUUCCAGGUGUCGUUCAAUCACUCAAAAUCAUCACAAAGGAGGCAUCCACUCGUAUUGCCCGUUAUGCUUUCGAAUAUGCCAAGGCACAAGGAAGAAAGAAGGUUACUUGUAUCCACAAAGCAAACAUUCAGUAA